AAUUCUCACCGCACCGCCCACGCGAAUAACAAACUCGCUUCCUCCUCCUGCGAAGUCGCGAGCCGUGGACCCAUUCGUGGUGAUGUGAUUCACGUUUGGGAAUCGUCGCAGCCCGCCCCAAAUCCCUCCUCGCUCUGCCUCCUCCCGCCCUCCCAAGUCCGUGGGUCGCACAUAAAUAGCCUGCCGCAAGUUGGCUGCGACUCCGAGAGGUUGCAAGAGAGAGAGAGGGGGGAACGUCGCAGACCGAACCCACCCCAAGUGAAAGUUUUUUGCGGGCACAGAAGAUGGAAGGCACAGGCCAUCAUCGAACGAGUCCCAGCGAGUCCACGGUGCUCGACUUCUUGGAGACUCACCCCGAGCUACUGGAGUCGCACAUCUUGGGUCACUGCACUGCGGACCAAGUGAAUCGCUGGCUGUGCAAGCUGCAAGGAGGGGGUGGCGGGGGCCUGGCGAGCUCGCCAUCAAAGAGUCGCUCAUCCCUGCUCGCCCGCCGGGGUCGUCCGUUUAUCAUCGAUGUCCACCUGGGCGACUCCUAUCGCUUUGAGCCUGACCGUGAUGAGCUGAGCCUGUCCCUGCGCUUGGGCCCAAACCCACAGGAGAGCGACAGGACUCUGAUCCUGCUCAGCUCCAACGGCGCCGCCAACGGGGACGGCGGAGGCUGGAGCCUUGACGUGGAGUCGCUGGCGGCGGAGGAAGAGGAAGAAGCAGCGAUAGAAGUCCCCGAGCCCGGCACCACGGCGUGGGAGGAACGACAAUCGCUGUCUCUCGACCUCUCGGCGGUCGCGAUGGGCGGAGGCGAAGCGGGGGGCCAUCCCGCCGGCGGACGGCUGCGUCUGUCCGUGAGGAGCCCCGCGGACGCCAUCGUGGGGGAGUACCUCCUCAGCCUGGAGCUGAUCGUCGGCGUGGAGCCCCUGCAGAUCACAGGCUUCACCGUGGGCAAGGUCUGGAUGGUGUUCAACCCGUGGUGUCCCGGGGACGCCGUCUACAUGGAGGAUGAAAUCGGCGUGAACGAAUACGUUCUCAACGAGAAGGGGCUCAUCUACAUGGGCUCCAACGACUACAUCUACUCCAUCCCGUGGGACUUCUCGCAGUUUGCAGAUCGGGUGGUAGAAAUCUGCUUCCAGAUUUUGGACAACAGCAACUCCGCACUGGACGACCUGGAGAAGGACGUGCCGAGACGCGCAGACCCCAUCCACGUGAGCCGUGUCGUGUCGGCCAUGAUAAACUCCAACGACGACCGGGGGGUGCUGAACGGGCGGUGGAACGAGCACUACACGGACGGCACAAACCCCAUGCACUGGGCCGGCAGCGCGAACAUCCUCCGGCAGUGGAGCGACAGCGGCUUUGAGCCGGUCCGAUACGGCCAGUGCUGGGUAUUCGCUGCUACCGCCUGCACCGUGCUGCGCGCUCUGGGAAUCCCCAGCCGCUGCGUAACCAACUACCUGUCGGCGCACGACACGGACGGCAACCUGGCCUGCGACCGCUUCUUCCGCGAGGAGGACCUGCAGCAGGUGCUGAAGGGACGCAAUGACUCGGUGUGGAACUUCCACUGCUGGGUGGAGAGCUGGAUGGCGCGGCCCGACCUCCCGCCGGGGAACGACGGCUGGCAGGUGAUCGACCCCACACCGCAGGAGCGCAGCAACGGCGUGUUCUGCGUGGGGCCGGCCCCCGUGGUGGCGGUGAGGGACGGGGAGGUGAGGCACCCCUACGAGGCGGCGUUCGUGUUCGCCGAGGUCAACGCCGACGUCGUGAACUGGGUGGUGACGGCCGGCGGAGAGAAGCGGCGCGCGAACUGCUUCACGGGCUUUGUGGGGCAGAACAUCAGCACCAAGCAUGUGGGCUCGGACGAGCGGGAAGACAUCACGCACCUCUACAAGCAUCCCGAGGGCUCGGCGGAGGAGCGCGAGGCGUUUGAGCGCGCGGGGCGCGGGGCGCGCGACGCCGCCGUGGUGCUGCGCGACCUCGAGGCGCUCAUCAAGCUCAGCGCCUCGGCCUUCGUGGGCAGCAACGUGGACGCGCACACGGUGGUGCGCAACCGCUCGGGGCGCGACCUCACGCUCACGCUCACCUCGGCGGCCGCGGCGCUCACCUACACGGGCCAGUGCGGGGCCGAGUGCGGCGCACGCUCCUGCAGCGUCACCGUGCCGGCCGGACAGACCGCACGCGAAACCCUGCGUGUGAAGUACAGAGACUACGGAGAGCACCUGACGGACCAGAACCUGCUGCGAGUGACGUCCCUGCUGGAGGAGCCCUCGUCAGGGCAGCUCGUCAUCAUGGAGAGGAACAUCACGCUCAAGAGGCCCCGCAUCACCGUGACGAUUGUGGGCGAACCGAGACAAAAUCGGAAGAUAAAGGCCAGAAUCUCCUUCACAAACCCUUUGCCUUCCAAGCUUAUCCACUCCGUCUUUUCUAUAGACGGCGAAGGGCUCACAAGUCUGCAGAAAAUCCCAGAGCCAGCUGCCGAGAUCGGUCCUGGAGAGACGCUCACCGUGACGGCGGAGUUGGCACCCAGCCGACCGGGAACGUUUCUGCUCUCGGUCGUGUUCAACAGCGACCGCAUCAGGGACGCCCACGAGAGCAAGAGGGUCAUAGUGCGGCCAUGACGUCGUCCCCCCCCCCCCCCCCCCCCACUUUUCCACCAGAACAAAUGCUUUGCUUAUAUACAGUGUGCUUCCGAGACUUUGCAACAAUAGCACAAUAAAUGUGCAGCCUCCGGGCUCUGCAGACAACCUGGAGAAGAUUCCAGGCCAUGUGUUGACAAUGAUGGCGAACACAAAUCAUCUCUUUCCUAAACAAUUGCAGAAGUGUUAGAGAGAGGUGGUACCGAAACACGUAAGCUCUGCUGCGUGACACUUAGGAUGGUGAGAGAGCGCAUGGAAGUGUUUCACAGAACCACUCCUUCGAGUGACCUGUUAUCCAUACACAGCGGAUGUCGUUUGCCCCACUUGCCCCGUUGCAACGAUUGUUUUCUCGCAAGGCAGGUCGGCCAAACCGAUGUUUGUAAUUCUCAGCCGAAAGUAGGCAAAUAGGCAAAUAAAGUGUGGGAAAAAAAAGGCGAAUUAUUUUUAUGCGUACAGCCAAUGAGUCGCAACCGUCAGUGAAAAGCUCGUUCUACUUUUUUUUUGUGAAUUGAUAGCAGCCCGCACAUUCUGUAAUCCAUGAUCUCGGCGGUGCUGGCUCAUUUGUUCUGACCCCUGCACCACUCGAGCGCUCCAUAACAAUGGCUCGUUAUUGAAGACACGGGGAAAGAAACGUCGCGUUCCAGAGCGCAUUUAAUUCGUAACUUCCUUAGGCGUCACUUGCAAAAAAAGGAGGCAACUUGUCUCGCCGUGUUUUUGGCUCGUGCAUUGCGUCAAGGGACUGAUUUAAUGCAAAUAUCUUGUCCAUGUAGGCAUGCCCCACAUGCACUUGGUAUGUACGUUGUGUUUCCAUUUUUAGUUUUUAUCCCGAUUUAAAAACACGCAACAUUGUGCUCGCGCUAGAGGAAGGGGCAGAGUGAAACAAAACAUCGAAGGCUCUCGCCCUACAGACAUUACUUUUUCACGUAAAGUACCGGGAGCCGGUGUUGACGUGGCACUUCGGGUAAUGGAGAAGGGCGCAAUGUGUGCAGGCCCAGGCGCUUACACAGACAGCUCCACCAACCACUCUUCUCUUGACCCCUGGCGACGCGCACGUGCCACCGAUGAUGACCAUAGUGCGCUCUUGGUCAUCCGUCACCAGCAGCCACGAUCGAUCCACUGUUGGAUGAAGGCCUCCCCAAGUCGGCGCCAUUCCCUCGCGGUCCCGCGGUGCGACGCUCCGCCCACCACGUGUGCAUGCGAGCCGAUUUUGUCGCUCCGUCUCCGCGUUGGACGUUCGCUCCGACGCGUUCCAUCUCCAUUGCUCGGCUGCCACUUCAUCAUCAUUACUGUUCCUGUCGUCCCAUCAAUUCCUUCGCACGAUGUGCCCUGGCCCGAGCCCACUUUUUUUAAUUCAAACUUAACAAAGGUAAAGCGAGUGCCGCUAGUAUUCCGACUGUCUCCAAGAGGCAGGGGGCUGGUAACUGUCGGUCUGGAUUUGACGCCAAAACUCGCUCCCAUUUUACCAUCCAUCAGGUUAGCACAGAGGCAACAUUGAGAGCCGUAGGGUUUUUUUUUAUGCCAUCACAUUUAUCAACAAAGCUGCUGUGAACUUUGCUUCUGCUAAAUGGGACCUUUUUUUGCACGUAUCAAAGUAUGAAAAAAUAAGAAUAGGUUUUACCCUUUCUGGCAAUGAAACAAAUGUUAAAUUGUUCAAACACCAAAUCGAAAACUUUUGCAAAGAAUCAAGUUCCUGCAUUAACCACACACAGAGUAGUACUUGUGGUGCACAUGCAAACAACCAUGCUCUGAUAAUAUUUGCAUAAUAUAUUAUCUUGCUUCCGCUAUACUCUCUCUUACGCCCAUAGAGCUGGGACAAUUAUUACAAUCAAUGGAAUGUCAAUAAUUGUUGUGAGCGCAGCCUUCAAUUCAAGAAUUCCCUUUGUCUCAA